CACCUCCAGAGCCAUGGAAGUAAUUGUGCUUUUCAGGAUAAUUUCAUUCAGACAAGCAGUUUACUUCAUGUGCCUGUUUGCUGCAGUUUCCUGUGGAUGCUUGCCUCAACUACAUAAAAAUACCUUCUUCCGAGGUGGGGAUGUAUCUGCCAUGUACACCCCUAGUGCCCGACACUGCCAGAUGAUGUGCACCUUCCAUCCUAGAUGUUUGCUGUUUAGUUUUCUUCCUGCAGAUUCAACUAGUGUCACAGACAAAAGGUUUGGUUGCUUCUUGAAAGACAGUGUUACAGGAAUGCUGCCAAGAGUGUUGCGGAAAAAUGCAAUUUCUGGACAUUCCUUGAAGCAAUGUGGCCAUCAAAUUAGGGCUUGCCACCGUGAUAUUUAUAAAGGAAUUGAUAUGAGAGGAGUCAAUUUCAACGUGUCUAAGGUGAAAAGCGUUGAAGAAUGCCAGAAAAGGUGCACCAACAGCAUCCACUGCCUUUUUUUCACAUAUGCCACGCAAGCAUUCAACAAUGCAGAGUACCGGAACAACUGCCUAUUAAAGCACAGUCCAGGAGGAACACCUACUAGUAUAAAGGUGCUGGCUAACGUGGAAUCUGGAUUUUCACUGAAGCCCUGUGCAGACUCGGAAAUUGGCUGCCACAUGGACAUUUUCCAGCAUCUCGCAUUUUCAGACGUGGAUGUUGCCAGAGUUAUUGCACCAGAUGCUUUUGUAUGUCGCACCAUUUGCACCUACCACCCCAACUGCCUUUUCUUCACCUUUUAUACUAAUGCCUGGAAGAUAGAGUCACAAAGAAAUGUUUGUUUCCUUAAGACGUCCCACAGUGGGACACCGAGCUCCCCCACUCCUCAGGAAAACGCCAUUUCUGGAUACAGCCUCUUAACCUGCAAACAAACUUUGCCUGAGCCCUGCCAUUCCAAAAUUUACUCAGAAGUGGAUUUCGAAGGAGAAGAAUUGAAUGUGACUUUCGUUCAAGGAGCGAAUCUUUGCCAAGAGACUUGCACGAAGACAAUCCGCUGUCAGUUUUUUACUUAUUCGUUACACCCAGAAGACUGUAGAGGAGAAAAGUGUAAGUGUUCCUUACGAUUGUCUUCGGAUGGCUCCCCCACCAAGAUUACACAUGGGAUGCGUGCAAGCUCUGGUUAUUCUCUGAGGUUGUGUAGAAGUGGGGACCACUCUGCCUGUGCAACAAAAGCAAACACACGCAUUGUUGGAGGAACCGACUCUUUUUUGGGAGAAUGGCCCUGGCAAGUCAGCUUGCAGGCGAAGCUCAGAGCUCAAAACCACCUGUGUGGAGGGUCAAUCAUUGGACACCAGUGGGUCCUAACUGCUGCCCAUUGCUUUGAUGGGCUUUCCCUGCCGGAUAUUUGGCGCAUUUAUGGUGGCAUUUUAAAUAUAUCAGAGAUAACAAAAGAAACACCUUUCUCACAAGUAAAAGAGAUUAUUAUUCACCAAAAUUAUAAAAUCUUGGAAAGUGGUCAUGAUAUUGCCUUACUAAAACUUGAGACUCCUUUGAAUUAUACUGAUUUCCAAAAGCCAAUAUGCCUACCUUCCAGAGAUGAUACAAAUGUAGUUUAUACCAACUGCUGGGUAACUGGAUGGGGCUUCACGGAGGAAAAAGGUAAAAUCCAGAAUAUCCUACAGAAGGUAAAUAUUCCUUUGGUAUCAAAUGAAGAAUGCCAGAAAAGUUACAGAGAUCAUAAAAUAUCCAAACAGAUGAUCUGUGCUGGCUAUAAAGAAGGAGGAAAAGAUGCUUGUAAGGGUGAUUCAGGGGGUCCCUUGGUUUGUAAAUACAAUGGAAUAUGGCAUUUGGUGGGCAUCACCAGUUGGGGUGAAGGCUGUGCCCGCCGUGAACAACCAGGAGUCUACACCAAAGUUAUAGAAUAUAUGGACUGGAUUUUAGAGAAAACACAGGAUGAUGAUGGUCAGUCUUGGAUGAAGUAGCCACUCUGAAGAAGCAUCAUAGAGACAGGAAAGAGCCCAGCUCAGAGCAUUAGUUUUACAACCUGGCUUCAAUUCAGGUAUGGAACCUUGGGGUUCUCAUCUGAAAAAACAUGGAGCAUGGGAUCUACCUCCUGUCCUUGUUGUAAGGAUAAAAAGGGACAAUGCAUAAUGCUUUCAGCAUCCAGUAAUAAUGCUAUAAUGUGAGAUAAGACAACUGAAUAUCUCCAUGAUUGUUUGUUUUGAAAUAAAAUGGCCAAAUAGUGUGAUAAAAAA